UAUUAAAGACUGCCAAGUUUCUGAGUACCCAGGGUCCACAGAUGGAAAUAUUCAUGAAAGCCAAGCAGUCAAAUAAUCCAGCUUUUCAGUUCCUUAAUCCACAGGACCCCCUACACUCCUUCUACCGGCAUCUGGUUUUAAUGUUAAAAACUAAACAAUAUAUACCCGAUCAGCCAGCAGAACCAGUUUCUAGCCUGGUUCCACAGUAUUCUACUUUAGAGAGUACUGAUAUAGCCCCUGUUAUCCCAACCAUUCAGUACAAGAGGGACGAGGACUGCAGCUACGCCAAGUUGAUCAGCAGGAUUAAAUCAGUUGCUCCAGCCCCUCAACCCACCCAGGAGGAACCUUCACCACCAGUGUUAGCUCCUCUCCCACAUUUAUCUCAUCUUUCCAAUCUCCAUGGUUCAACCCCACCCCUCACACUUUCACCUCCACCACUUUACCUCCAACCUGAACCCUAUCCUGGCAUGCAUCCUGAACAGCAUCCUGGCAUGCAUCCUGACCAGCAUGCUGGCAUGCAUCCUGAGCAGUAUCCUGUGAUGCAUCCUGAUCUACAAGCCGGUGAUUCCGUCCCGUCUCCUCCAGGAGAAGAAGAUGUUCCUCCAGGAACAGAGGAACCUCUAAGUAUCCCUCCUCCUGACCUUCAAACCAUCAUUGAUAAGAUGGCCAGCUAUGUCGCCAGGAAUGGUCGAAGUUUCGAGGAGGUUGUGAGGAUUAAAGACAGUGUUAGAUUUAGUUUUCUGUUCAAAGGAGACAAACAUCAUAGUUAUUAUAUUCACAAGCUAAACCUAUACACGACAGGAAACUAUGAUGCUAAGUUAGCUCCUGAACCCCUGGCCUUUAAAGUUAAAAAAGCAGAAGUUAAAGAACCUAUUCUACCGGCACCUAGUGCUCUCCCUAUAGAGGAGAGUGAGGAUGAGGAUGAGAAGGAGGAGCAGGAGGAGGAUGAAGGUCCUCCUGGAGAUACUGAUUUCCCUCCCCCAGUAUUGAAAGCAGAGCCGAAGAUCUAUGAGAAGGAAGAAGAGAAACUGAGAGCAAGGGAGGAGAUCAAACUCAAGGAUAAACUCGCCGCAGCAGCAAGAGAGAAGAUGAUGAUUCAAGCGAAGGAGAAGGCAGUGCAGUUAGAACGAAAACGAAAAGCGGCAGUUUUCCUUGCUCAGCUAGCGGAGAAGAGAACUACUGUCAGUUCCAUUGAACCUAUUCAAUCCACAGACCUGGAAGACGGAGAGCUGCCUGUAGGUUGCUGGCCACCCCCCGCCCCUCCUGGACCCCCGCAGCUCGUGAUUCCAACCCUAGCUGGACCGGUCAUACAGUCAAUAUCUUCAGAUUCAGACUCAGAGAGCAGAAGAAAGCGAUCGAGUAGAAAAAGGAAGACUGGAUCUAGACAUAGAUCUAGAUCGCGGACUCGUGAACGUAAAAAACGUAAAUAUCGGUCACGCUCCCGUUCCCGGUCAAGGCAUAAGAAGAAGGAAAAGCGGUCACGGCGUAAACAUCGUUCACGGAGUCGUCGAUCCCGAAGCAGAUCAGUAUCUAGGACGCGACGAUCCCGAUCACGAUCGAUCAAAAGGAUCUCCAGAUCUAGAUCGGUCAAAGGAAUUGAUUCCGACGAUAGUAUUGAAGUGGUUUCACAAUCAAGUUCACAUACAAAGGAGAGUACACCAAAUUUAGAAGAAGCCCCAAGAGAUCUACUAAAGCCGGCUCUGAACCAGAUGACUGAAGAUUUGAGGGCAAAAGUUCGGGCUAUGCUGGGCUCAUCCUAGUUCAUCAAUCUGAGUUCCAAAUCAUCCUAGUUCAUCCGUCCGAGAUCCAAAUCAUCCUAGUUCAUCAAUCUGGGCUCCAAAUUAUCCUACUUAAUCCGGGCUCAAAUUUAUCCUUGUUCAAUAGUCUGGGCUCCAAUUCAUCCUAAAUUAUGAGUUCAGGCUCCAUAUAAUCUCAAUUGUAAAUUAGUUCAGGCUCCAAUUUAUUUUAAUUCAAAAUUUCAGGCUCCAAAUCUGCCUACUUCAAGAUUUUAAGCUCCAUUUUAUCCUAUUUCAAAAGUUUUCGCUCCAAUUCAGCAUAUUUCCAAUUCAUCAAAUUUCAUCACUCGAGCUCUAAUUUAUUCUUAUUGCAAAGUUAUGUAGUUAAAUUCCAUUUGUACGAUUUGACAAUGUAAAUAUGAAAUCCGUAAGAAAAAAACACCUUACCAAAUCUCAGUAAAAUUAAAAACAUUUCCAUUAAUCAAAAAGCUUUUAAUCGGAGUUUAACAUGUUUUUCUUUUGCUUAGUAACAAACUAGUUUUUUUCUAGUUUUUAAACGAUGUACGCAUUUUAUGACCGGGGGGGGGGGUAACACGGCUUUUUGAUCAGCUGUAACAAUUUCAGGGAUGUUUCUUUUCCUUUACUUUUCGAAUUUUAUUUUAUUUUAAAACUUUCUUAUUUUUCAUGGGUUCUCUGCUCUGUGGGAUUCUAUGUUUGAUUUAAUCCUAUUUUAAUGUGAAGUAGAGACUGCCCUGAAAUCUGUAGUCUGAGCCAAAAACUUAGCUUUCUGUUAAAAAAUUUCUAUACUACAGUUUUAAGAAUUUUGAAUCAAAAUUAAUUUCCAUAUUUAAACCAUUUGAUGAUGUUUUUUAACGGAUUUUUAACGUGAUAUGAGCGUUAACUAAUUGGUAGUUAUUCUGCCAUAAAAAGCAUGACAAUUGUUUAAAUCUUAAAAAAACAUUAAAAAUAUUUUUUCAGA